AUGAUCUCCUCUACCUCGACCUCUACCACAACGACUGAAGGAGCCCAGGCACCGCACGCCAUCAUCAUCGGCGCCGGCAUUGCCGGGUGCUCCCUGGCCCUCUUCCUCAAGCGGGCUGGCAUCACAUCGACCAUCUACGAGGCCUACCCGCGCGAGCACGCCAGCCAGGGCACUGGCGGUGGGCUCCAGAUCGCGCCCAACGGCAUGCACGUGCUCCACCACCUGGGUCUCGCCGACGCGCUCAAGGCGUGCGGGUGGGUCAGCCCGGCCUACGCCUUCCACAACCAGUACGGCAAGCGCCUGGCCGUCCUGCCCACCGACCCGCACCAACCAGCCGUCUUCGUGGCCCGCGCCGCGCUUCACGAGGUGCUCGUGGGCGCCGUCAAGCAAGAGGGCAUCAACAUCGAGUUCGGCAAGCGGCUCGUUGACCUGUCGGGCUUCAGGGACGACGACGAUUACGGCCAGAACGACGGCCGGGUGACCGCCACGUUCGACGACGGGAGCUCGGCGAGCGGAGAUCUGGUGGUGGGCGCCGACGGGGUGCACUCGCGCACGCGGGCCAUCGUGCUGGGCGACGAGGACCCCAAGCCCCAGUUCCUGGGUCUAAUGUACGCGACGGGCUUCGUGGAGACCGACGAGCCAGUGCCGGAGGACACGGCCAACAUCUUGUGUGGCCAGACGGGCGGCACACUGGGCUACACGCGGAUCCGGGGCGACAACCCGCGGCUCGCGCUGUGGUGGCGCAACAUGAACGUGCGCGACUGGUGGCCAGAGGGCGCAGCAGUACCGACCCGCGACGAGCUGUAUGCCAUCGACAUCGACGAGCUCAAGGCCCGCGUGCUCAACAUGCCCGGCGGGUGGUCGCCCCUGGCCCAGCGGCUGGUGGCCGACACCCGCCACAUCGUGCGAGGAGCCGUGCACGACCUGCCCCCGCUGCCCAGGUGGUACCAAGGCCGCGCCGUUCUGGUGGGCGACGCCGCCCACGCCGUGAGCCCCCACUCGGCCCAGGGCGCCUGCAUGGCCCUCGAAGAUGCCAUGUACCUGGCCAAGGUGCUUCGUCUGGCCAUGGCGACCACCACCACGGCGACGGGGACCAGCACCAGAGGCCUCUUCCCGGCUGCAUUCCGGGCUUACCAGAACGGGCGCAAGGCGAGGGUGGAGGCGGUGGCGGUGGGCGGCAGGCAGCGGGGCGAGCCGAGGCCGGUGCAGGAGGGCGAGCAGCCAGCCGGGUCCAUCCAGCAGUGGAUCAAGGAGGCGAUGCUGGUGGUGAUCUUCAACUUCGUGGUGCCGCCCGCCCUGCAGACGACCUUCAGCUACCGCCUCGAGUGGGACGACUGCGACAGUCUUGACGGCGUCACCGAGGCCCAGAAGAUCUCUUCCUCCUGGUCCUGGCCGUGGUGGAACAGCGCACAGUGA